CUGACCACUCUUUGUAUUGCAGUCGACGCCGAAGAGAUCCGGCGGCUGGCCAGACGUUUCAAGAAGCUGGACCUGGACGGCAGCGGGUCUCUGAGUGUCGAAGAGUUCAUGUCUCUGCCCGAGCUGCAACAGAACCCUCUUGUCCAGCGGGUGAUCGACAUUUUCGACACAGAUGGCAACGGCGAGGUUGACUUCAAAGAGUUUAUUCAAGGUAUUUCACAGUUUAGCGUGAAAGGAGACAAGGAGGUGAAGCUGAAAUUUGCAUUCAAAAUUUACGACAUGGAUCGCGACGGCUACAUAUCUAACGGCGAACUAUUCAGAGUGCUGAAGAUGAUGGUCGGAAAUAACUUGAAGGACGCGCAGUUACAGCAGAUCGUUGACAAAACGAUUCUGUUUCAUGACAAGGACGGUGAUGGCAGGAUAUCUUUCGAGGAAUUCUGCGAUGUAAGUGUUUGUCAUUUUUUUUGUAUCGUUCUUCAUCUAAAUAUUUUAUUUAAAAUGAUAACAGAUAUGGUUUAA